UUUUGGUUGGGAAAGCAGCUUCUUCUUCGUUUAAAAGCUAAAAACCCUACGCAGAAAUACGAAUCGAUCCGCCAUUAAAAGUUUGAAACUCAGAGAAUAAACGAAGAGUUUGGAUUCUGUUUGAACAAGAAGAACCGUAGUUAAAUCAGCUGAACGUUGGAGAGAAAUCAUGGCCUGCAACUCUUCAGCCUGCCAGUCUAGUUGCUACAAGCUCGGGCAGGUUGAAGAAGAAGAAGAAGACUUGACGAAAGCAACACCAACAACAGGUGGUGGUAAAGAAGCUUUAACAGAGAUUAAUAAUGAAAGUAAACAGGAGAUUCUAUGCAUAAAGUGCAAGACUCAUGAGCCUAUGUCUGUUGGGGCUAGUGGGGAUGAAGGUAGGUUUUGUGGUGCUUGUUUUAGGAGUAAUCUAAAUGGAAAGUUCAGACUCUCUGUCUCUUCUCACGCCAUGAUCACGCCUUCUGAUAAUGUCCUCGUCGCUUUUUCUGGCGGUUAUUCUUCCAGGGUUGCUUUACAAUUUGUGCACGAGAUGCAAUACAGAGCACAAAAGAAUUACGAUGCAUGCAAAGACAGAUCAUUACCUGUAUUUGGUGUUGGAGUUGCAUUUAUUGAUGAACAUGUGGGUUAUCCAAAAAUUUCUAAUCAAAUAGAAAAGGCAAUCGAGGAAAUUAAGCUGAUUGUCUCAAAUUUAGCCCCACCAACGAAAGAGUUGUAUAUUGUUCCAAUUGAAAGAAUCUGUUGCUCAGAUUCUAUGGAGGGAAGGGACAGAUUAAAGGAGUUACUAGAUGCUGUUGUUGAUACUACUGGUAAAGAGGAUCUUCUGCUGCAUCUAAGAAUGUUGUCCUUGCAGAAGGUUGCCUUAGAAAAUGGAUACAGCAGACUGGUGCUAGGAUCAUGCACAUCAAGAAUUGCUUGUCAUGUCCUUGCAUCCACUGUGAAGGGUCAAGGCUAUUCUUUACCAGCUGAUAUUCAGUAUGUUGAUGCACGUUGGGAUAUACCUGUGGUGCUUCCUCUUCAUGAUUGCCUUGCACAAGAGCUCAAAUUGCUUUGUCAUCUUGAUGGUCUAAAGAUUGUGGACUUUCAUGAUGAUCUUUCUUCUGGCAUUAAUAGCUUGGUUUCGUCAUUCGUGAAAAUAUUACAGCAAGAAAAUCCUUCUCGAGAGUGCACCAUUGUACGAACGGCUGGAAAGCUUACUCCAUUUCACUUCAACAAAAUACCCGAAAUCAAUGAUUCUAAUGUUCCCUUGGCAACACGAAGGCGGCAAAAGAGAUUCAACCUCAUGCCCAAGGAAUCUAUUUCCUCGGAGUCGUUUUGCCCAAUGUGCUAUAGUCCACUCAAUAAAUCAGACUUGACAAGUUCAAUAAGACCUGCGGAUUGCCAAAGUGAUAUUUUUGCUGUUGCCUGUUGUUCCAGUUGCGAGUUUCAGAUACUUCCCAAGGAUCCAUCAUCAAUGGAGCACUUCUAUUCACUUCUACCACAGCCAUUAAUUGCCACAGUGAAACUUGACAAGAGUCAUAAUCUAAGUUUGCUAAGGGAGAAAAUAGAAGAUUGCUUGCUUUCUGAUUGCGACGACGAGGACUAAAGAGACUUGCUUAUUCCAGCAGUUAUACAUUUCAUUUGGGUUAUGACAAUAUCUGGUGUCUGAGGCAAGCUUGUCUGCCUGCUCUGGCAGAUGGUUUCAUCGAGAAACUCAGGUGUAAAACAACAGCAGCUAAAAUUCGUGAUUGGAGAGUACCGGAUGGUAUUAAGCCUUGCUUUGCAUUGAUUAGCGUAACUAAUAGAAGUGAUUGUAGGACUAAUACAGGUCCAUCAUGGUUACGAUAGGUAAUGGAAAGAGUUCUAUCAUUUUGUCCAAUUAUUGUCGAAAUAGGAAAUAAAAGAUGCAAGUGGUGCGCGGAUCACCGUUGCAUUGGCAAAUUUUGAAUGUUUUGCCAGAAAUUUCUGCAAUAGGUAGCUUAUUUAAGCUGUUGAUGUGAGUAAUUAUUUAGUCCAUCAUAUUAUCCCAUU